ACGAGUACUUUACAACAAUUUCUUGAGUCUGUGGCCUCCAGUUAUUCUGGGUCUCUUUUCUGUCGCAUAAGCAACUCCUGUUCAUCGAGGGAAGGAAAUCUGAGCAACUCUUCAAAAACCUUGGGCGGAUUUACUUGAUGUCUCUUCUACCACUCAACAUCACACUGUCCUUCUCCCAACCAUCUUUCCACCCCGUCCUUCAUCUCACAUUCAAUGUGCCUUCAAUUUCAGAUUUACAGGAUGUGUCAAACUCUGCGGUCGAGAAGAAGAAACUCUGCGAGCCUGUAGCCCACUUGGAAAUUACGCUUCCAGAUCCUCUGUUUGUCGAUCCCGAUGAGCUUAGUGGGAAAUGGCCGCUACACUCUUCAUCAGAACCGGCGAUGCAUCAGGCGUCUGGAGAUAACUGGAAAAUCUCUGGUUGGGGGCUAAAUCCUCCUUCAGUGGACAUUGAGCGACCAUCAUUCGGAAAUGCGGCGUUGCACCAUACACUCUACCUAUCGGUUCGACCACAAACAUUCUUCGAAGAAAGCGACGUUAAAGGUGAAGUGGAGGUGGAAGUGCCGCUGCAUGCAAGAUACCUGGCUCCACGUGAUGAAGGGAGAAGAACAGUGUCGUUUCCGGGGGAAGACGAGAGCGAAAUACGCUCCGGAUGGACAUGUGCAUCGGUGUUGACUCAAAGCCACCGGGUACCCACAGUACAUCCUUUGCCUGUAUCACUCACUCUACCCACCGGUCAACAUGCGCAUCAGCCCAUAAUUGAGGUCAUAACACCUCUAGUCAUUUGGCUAGGCUGGGCUUGGAUAGCUUGGAAAUUGUGGAAAUUGAAAUCUCGAGCUCUGGAACGAGAAAGUAAAGCGAAGGUGUUGUAAGAUGUUAAGACUGUACUGCUUAACGUAAACUUCAAUUACGUUUCGACCAUACAUUCUUCUAAUAUCAAUACAUUCGCAGCAACAAUUCAGUACCCCAAGCAGUUUCGAUUAGCACCCCACAUUAUAAAAUUCAAUGUCUUCCACUAGGACGCGAGAUGCUCCGUCCGGCUUUCGAGGCGGUCAAUCGCCCGCCUUCCGGCUGCCUUCUUACCACUCUUGUUCUUGUUGAUAUCCCCAGACCCAGGCCGUCCAGACCGGCAUCGACAGAUUUGUAUGCCGCAAUCUCGUUUUCGAGAGUUUGAACUUUGUCAUUGGCAUUGUUGAGUAGGUGCCUCGUGGUCGCCAGUUCCUAUCAUCCCACG